AAGAAUAUGAACAAAGAUUACAAAUAAUUAGCUAUAUAGUAUCAUCUGGCAUUCAUGAAUCUUAAACAAAGAAUUGAUUUAUCUCAAAGGGCAUACAAUGUAUACAUCUAUAUAUAAUAAGACUAUUGAUUAUAAGGUGUAAUUGGAAUUAUUAUACUAAUAAAAACUAAAAUCAAUUAUUGACAAAUACGAGGACCACAAAUACGAUGAAGUGUUUUAAUAUAUUAUUACAAAUUGCUCAAAUAAAUACCAAGCCUAGGAAUCAUUGAUAACAGAUUUGAAAAGAGCAAGAGAGGAAUUCUCAAAUCACAUAAAUGCUUAUUAAUUAUAAUUGACCAAUCUACAUGACAAAAAAGAGAAGUAAAUUUUAAAUAAAUUAGAUCUAUUAAUAAAUUGAAGGUUGCUUAAUAGAAGUUGGCACAAAGCCAAUCCUUUUAUGUGUCUAUCACUAAAGUAUUUGAAAGAAAUGUGUUAACCAUAGAAUUAGUGAACGACAAUAUUGAUUAAAAGUUGGGACACAUGAAAACAAUUUAAGAUCUUAUGAAAAACAAGGAUAAUACAUUUGGAAAUUACAAAAUAGCUGUAGAUAAAUAUAAUCAAUAAUAUAAUGAAAUCUUGCCUGAAAUGGAAUAGUAUGUCAAUCAAAUUAAAGAACUUGAGUAAAAUGUGGCUGAAUGCGUAAGAUAAUUGUUUCAAAAAAUUGCAUUGGCUGAGGUUUCAGCUUUAAGAAACAGGUAUUUAUGAAAAAUAACUUCAGGUAAUAUGAUUUAGAUUAGGUCAUUAAAUACUUGGAUAAAGUUGAUUUUACAAAGAUUCAUACAGUUUUUAAGUUUACAGAUGAAUCUUAUUCACUUGCAAAAGUUGAACAAAUUUAAACAUUUUCUACCAAAAUUGUGAACAAUUACCUUCAUAAAUUUAAUUUGAUUCCUUAAGAGGAGAAAAAUUAGCCAGAAUAAGAAUAAUAAUUAUAAUAGUAGUAGGAGGAAACCCUGUCAGAAGAAUAAAAAUAGAAAAUAGAAGAAUUUUCAGCAGUGCUAUUAAAUAAAUAAGAGUUAUAGGACAAAUUAAUUAGUUCUAUUGAAUAAAGCAUAAAUCAGAAUACUGCUUAUUUAGUUUUGGACUAGUUAUCUCAACGUAUAAAGUAAUAUUAUUUUUUAUCAUAGAGCGCCAAUAUCGAUUGGAAAACGUAACCAUUCAUUAAUUUAAUAAUUAUUUAAUAAAUUAUUAGAAUGUAUUCCAAAAGAAGGUCCUAAUGUAUAAAAGAUUCAAAAGCUAACUACUUUUAUUUAUACAUAAUAAGAGGAAGCUGUUUCAAUAUUUUAGGUUUUGAGUUAGAAUCCAAUUUUUUCAAAAAAAACUGAUUAUUGGGAAUGGCUAAUAUUCUGGUAGGUAAAUCAAACAUGCGAAGGGGUGGAAGAAUCUGAUAGAUAAUUGAUCAUAUUCCAAUAAUUCUAAAAUACUGUUUAGUAGAUGGUUUAAGCCAAAAUUCCCGUUAUAAUUAUAAACACCUUCACGUCAGAUUUAGCUCCCUUUUAUGGAUUAAAAGCCCAAUAAAUCGAAGAGAUAAAGAAAUUAUUGUCUAAAUUUAUUCUAGCAUCAUAAUCAAAUCCAAACUCGAAGCUGUAAAUUCAGUCUUUUGAUUCAGUAGAAUGAAUUUAUUAAAUUAUAAUAAGUUGUACAUUAACAACCA